GCUAUACUAAUAUAUUAUAUAUAUAGUGGAUGCUAGGAUGCCAGAGCACGCCUUCGCUUUCGGCUGCUUUCGGCCACUUUCUAAUAUUUUAUGUAAUGUAACAUAAUGAUGUUGUAAACAAUAGCUCCUAUAAAUGGAGUCUCCUCUUACACUGUCAGAUACAAUAUAUACAAGAGAUUUCUUACACUCUCUUAUUUCUUUCAUAUGUCAACCUGCCUUUCGUUUCUUUAUGCAAAUUUGGCCUAUUUGGGGCCCCAUAUGUGAUAGACAAAGUCAAGUAUUCAGAAAUUGGAAUAGAAAAAUUACCCAGAAUGUGAAAAAAGAGUUGGGAUUUAAAGAGUGACUUGUGGGUUUAUGUAUAGAUUAAAUUUAAAUUAUAUAUUGAUAUUUUUGGACAAAAAUUUUGCCUCUCUAUGUAGUAUUGUUGUAUGUUGUAUAUAUAUUUGGAAAUGCUAUAAAUCUUAAAUAUUGUCUUAGAAUGUAGUGGAGAUUGAAUUGAUAAGUACCGAAUAUAUGAGUCAUAGAUUGAUAUUUUGAAUAAAAUUUUGGAUAAAUUUUAUAGUUAUGUGUAGUGCUGAUGUGUGUAAAAGUCGUGCUUUCCAUCUGUUCCACGUUUUAACAACGUCGCAAAUUUUCUACUCUAUAUAGACUUCUUGAGAGAGUUUGAAUUAGUCAAUGGGUCAAAGUCUUUACAGUUCUUGUGGGUAUAUCAGGAAAGUGACUAAGAAACUCCUUCUAUGGGGUUGUCUUUGGCCCAACCUUCCAUUUCAAUGAACAAAUCGUAGCAGCACUUGGCUCCGUUCUUUAAGUCUGCUCCUGUGCAAGUCUUCUAUCAACAAUUUUCCAAGUCAACUGGCGUGUUUACCAGAUAAACAAUCUAUGGUGGUUGACAAUCACUAAAAAUAUCUCUGUAUUUUAAGUAAGAGCAUUUCUGUCCUCUAUGCUAUGGUGGUUUGUUUUUCGUUUGCUGAAUUGGGUAUUUCGAAUGGGUUUUCCUUCCAUUUUUUCUUUCUUUGUUGUCUCCCAUUUAGUGAUUGUUCACUCUACUUGGCAAGACGACAAGCACGGGUACCAACAUGGUUGUCCACAGUCCUUCAACUGUGGAAAACUUGGGCCUAUCAAAUUCCCUUUCUCCAACGACACAUAUCGCGGAUGUGGGUUGUGUACUGUCAAUUGUAGCGAACCAGUACCAAUAAUCUAUUUGGGGAAGGACAAACCGUAUGAAGUUAAGAAAUUCUUGAAUGAUGAAGCUGUAAAUGUUAGUGACAAAUCGCUACGAGACCUCAUAAGCUCCAAAAGUUGCGACAUUUUCAAUAACUUUACUCUUUUUAGUAGACCUUCUAUUUCCUAUACAAUCUCUUCCAACCUCACCUUGUUCAAAUGCCGUACAAACAGCAGCAGUAAACCUCAACUGCAGACACAACUUUACAGUUUCAGCAACUGCUCAGGCUACACUGUCUACUAUACAGAUCCUAAUCAAAAUACUCCAACUCCUGCCAACCUUUCAUCUGGCUGUGUAGUUAUUCAACUUCCAAUGCUACCAUCAAUCCGGAAUCGAAAUGUCAGUGAUCUAUUUUCACUAUUGGCUAGUGAAUUCACCAUCGGGUUGCAUGUGUCAAAGGAAUGUUACGAGUGUCACCAUAAUGGAGGCCAAUGUCAUGGCCACGAAGAGUUCCAUUGCAUAAAGGAUGAAGGUAUUGGCAUUUCUGCAUUUGCAUGCUGUUAUUUCUGUAUUAAUCCACCACACAAAUUGAAUCCAAAAUCUUCAGUCUCUCUAGCAGUCCAGUUCAUAUUACGUUGUGAUUGCAGGAAGAAGUCACUUGAAAGUGGUUCUAGCAACAGUCAUACCUGGAGUUAUCCUUCUGCUUGGCUUGCUUGCUAUCCGGUAUCGCAAGAAAUUGAAUUAUGUCUCUUCAGUCGUCCUUUCAAUCAACACGUCUCCCGAUCCCUCCUCUAAACCAGACCUUGAAGGAGGUAGUGUCUACUUUGGGGUCCCUGUCUUCUCCUACACUGAAUUAGAAGAAGCUACUAAUAACUUUGAUCCCUCUAAGGAAUUGGGAGAUGGAGGUUUUGGCACUGUAUACUAUGGUAA